GAGGUUGGUGGCGCAGGAGCUUUGCGCACGUCCUCAUUGUCUGCCGCUGCGGAGCCGCGAAGAUGCGCUUUCCCACGCUGCUGCUGUUGGGGACCGCCGCCCUCCUGGCGGCCCCUUCGUCCGCCUUGCCGCCCCCCAAGGAGCGUGCCCCCAAGACGGCCUCGUGGGACGAGAUGAACCUGCUGGCGCACGGGAUGCUGCAGCUGGGCCACGGGCUGAAGGACCACGUCGACAGCACCCGCAGCCAGUUGCGCCAGCUGGCCGAGCUCCUGGGCGCGCACAAUGCCUCUAUCAGCUCCCUCGAGCGCUCGGCGGUCGAGCAGCGGCGGCAGUUCUCCCGCGCCCAGCGCCUCCUCGACGGCCGCGUCGCUGAGCUGGACAGCCGGGUGCGGAUGCUGGCCGCGCGGCUGGCGGGCUGCGAGCGCCUCGACAGCGCCGACAACACAAGCAGCAGCGACCGGGCUCCGGAGCUGGGCGCGCUGCAGAGCCUGAUAGUUCAGCAGAACCUGCGAAUUGAAGAGCUCUUCCGGAAGGUGAAGCAGCAGCAGUUCAGGAUGGAUAAGCAGAACCUGCAGAUCAAAGACCUGCAGAGUAAGGUGAAUCUGCUGCUCGUGUCACACAGCAAGGAAAGCGACAUACGGAGCUCCAGGUGGAACCCAGAUCCCCCAGAGAAUGCCAGCCCAGCACCCGGCCCGAGCCAGAACACCAGCAGCAAGCCCGGGGAUGCUCUGAGUGAGUCUUGGUCUUUCGCAUGAUGCAGUGGCAGAGCUGGCCUAUAAGCGUGCACAAAUUCCGGUAAUUUCCUGUGCUCAGGCAGACUUUGGUUUCCAGUUAUAUUCAGCUGAAAAUUCAGCUUUCUGUUUCAAAGAAAGCUUUCUGUGCCAGCAGCAAAUCUGUGUGUCCAUAAAAAUUCUGAAGAAAAACUCCUGUACUUGUUUUAGAUGCAGACCUGGAUAUUCAAAUGUACACAGCUGAAAUUACUUUAAAACAUAUUUCUGAGCCAGUGGCAUUUCUGUAAGCAUGUUAUGUUUCUCCCACUUUGCGUGCCUAUUUCUCUGGGAAACCUGUUCACUUUGGAUGCACUGCGAUCAAUGUGUGCAGUUGACUAGCAUCUUGUGUAA